AUGCAUAUCAACACAUUCCUUAUUACCGGCUUUAUAGCCCUCGGCUCAGCAGAUAGCAGUGCCAAAACCUUCACUUCCGCGGGAACUGUUAAAAACCUCCCUGAGGGAGUUUAUACGGUAACCAUGGACGGGACCGGUAAAGCCCACCAUACCCGCGUCGCCGACCUGGGCGAGCCCAUCGUCGAUCCCGAGCCCGUCGUCAUCGCGCGCACCAGCUUCCCUCCUUCGCUAUUCCAAUGGAAAAAGCGCUAUUUUGGCUACGACUGCGCAAAUCACACCAAGAUGGAUCCGGACGCAACCGAUCGUGCGGUAGCGAGCGUCCACACCGAAUGCAGCACGUCGUCUGGCCACUACUACGCGAUCGCGAACGGCAGCGACCAGAGGAUCGCCGCCUUUUAUUGCCGAUUUUCGGGCUCCGGCCCCUGUGGUGACGAUCUCAGGUUUAGAUACGAAAGCAUCGCAGGGGUCUGUGGGAAGCAUACCUCGGGCUGGUCUGACUGGUGGGUGGGCUCCAAGUCGCAAUUUGCCAUCGGGUACCUCCCGGUCAACCCGGGGCAGGCUUUCUGCGGGAGCGAUGCCGAGUCGAGGAGGACUGAUUUGUAA